UAGCCAUGAAAAUUUUAUCUGUUUGACAACACAAAAAAAAAAAUAACACCAAAACACCAUAACAGCACAGUUCACAGGUUUAACCCAGUCCCAACCACAAAAUACACACGGAGCAAAUCUAGCCGGGAUAAUCCGAGCACACACUCAAAAUGGGCGCCACGUUGGCCGGUGAAACGCGUGCCGCCGGGGAGGGGGUGAGGGGGUGGCAAGGCCGACAGGGCGUCGGGCGGCGCAGGAACCCCCCCACCGCAACAGGACUCCACGGCCCCAAAAACGGAGAGGUCGGAGAAGGAGCCACCAAGGCAACCUGAACAACCGGAAAAUCAGAACCAGCAGCAGGAACAUCCGCAACCGAAACUCGUGUCCAGGGAAUCACCCAAACUGGUGAGGCGCCGAUCGAGAUCGGGCUUUAACAUGACCGAGGAUAUUCAGCGAUUGCCCACGGAGGCCAUCUUCGCGGAGUUCGACCGUCUGCUGCUGCAGGCGGAAGGUCAACUGAAGGAGGUGGUGGAGCCACCCUGCGCGGACGUGGCCGCCCGGCUGCAGAACUGCCUCCAGGCGCACCGCCAGCGGGCCUGCGACUGCUUCCCGGCGAUGGAGCAGUACCGCCACUGCGUGGUGCGGGCCACCCAGGAUCGCGUGGAUGACAUGGCGGACAAUGAGCCACCGAUGAUGCCGGUGGCGCCACCCCAGUCGAUACCCCGUCCCGCUGGGCCGCCAUCGAGCCAGCGCUCCAAUCGCAGAUGGUGGAAGUUCUGGACCUGGUUCCGCUAGUACCCCAGUCCCCCAAUCCCCCAGCUUGGAUCCUCCCAUUCGUUGUCCGUUCUCAACCCAACAGCAGUAGUUCAUGGGUGAACUAUACCCAAUCAAA